AUGGCUUCCUGCAACAACCGAGACUGCCAGAAGGCCGACUGGAAGGCACACAAAAAGAUCUGCAGUCAGCAAGCUGGGUCUGCUUCUGCUUCUGGGCCUGGACACCAGGGCCUGUCUCCGCCCAACGGACUGGAUGAACCCAUCCGCGACCCAUUCACUCGCCUCGACAAUGGCACCUACCUCCACAACCGUCCAGAGAAGGAUGUGUAUCGACUGCUUCUUGACACAUACCGUCUCCGUGUCGACGACAUGUACACUCUCGAUGGAGAUGUCGACAAUGACAACAUCUACGCUGGCCGUGCAGAUAGUCUACAGGGCUUCAGGCGAUUCAUGCGAAAGAUAACCAAGUCCAAGAAGGCACUACUCCCUUCGUGGUGGACGCCUGAGAAACAACAAGAGUGCGAAGACUUUGGCAUGGACGAGGAUCAAUGGCAGAACUUGAUGUCUGGAGUUGAAAAGAAGGACAUCAUCGAACACUAUCAAGAUCACCAAUUCCCGAUGCAGUUGCGCAUGCUUGGCGAAGCUAUCUACGGCCGAGCACCCGGUGGUUCAGAUGGAACUUCCAUGAGGAAGAUGCUGGCAAUGUUUGAGAGUGGAGGCGCUGCAUGA